CUUGCAUCGCGCAAUCGGAUAUGCGCGAUGCUCUCUGGCUGCCGUCUCACAAAUAUGUAUAUAUGUAUGUUCCAUGCAAGCGACCUUCGGGAAUCUCAAAAGGCUGACGAAAGCGCGCGGACGAGCGUGCCGCGUCGAGUAUAUGGCAAGGGUUGGAAGCGACGAAGGAUUGCGGCGUCAAACGCCAGGCAGCCCUAGAUCACAGUCGCCUGUGUGGUUGAGUGCCUGUGGUGGACAUUUGGCCUUCCUACCAUACUACUGUGUAGACCCUCCACCAACACGAGACGCGCCCCAUCUCCACCAACGCUUUUCGCCCUAUGCAGUCAGAAACCGGGCUUUCUUUCCUUCUUCCCAACGGGCAGCCAGGGCUCCUUCUCCUCCUGUUCACACGCAUCAUCAUCAUCAUCCAUCCCCAAUCCACAUGUUGUUGCCCGUUCCUCAUUUACCCACGAAACACCCAAUCAUAGCCGCUCUGCGCCUACGGGUCACCUCGAAGCGACGCUGCAUCUGUACAAAUACCCGGUCAUCAUGCGGGCGCAGCCCCGCGGAAACUCAACCAAUCCACCCCCUUGCGUUGUACGACCAAGCUGCUAUUACCCAGUUCCCACCUUGCCUGGAAAUCUGACAUGUCUCAGUGGGUGGAUUGGCCUUUUUCUUCAUGGGGCCCGCUGGCGAAGCAUAUAUUCCAAGUCUUAGAUAUGGAUCGCAUGGGGGCUUGAUUAAAUUAAAUUGACCCCUCCAUUCCCUCCGCCGCCUUGCCGUAGUAUGCAAAACUCCACUUUAGUUAGCCACCCACGCCGCAGCCACUUCUUUCUCCGCGCGUGUUCCUGGCUUGUUUUAUGGUG